AGUGAUUCUUGUUUUUAUAAAUGUGCGCAGUAGCCUCAUUUGUAAGAAAUUGUCGUUCAUGAAAAGAAACAUUUAUUCUCAUGUAAACGUCACGUAUGAUGCUAAUCGAAUAAAUGAUUGGCUAAUUGUAAAACAGGUUUGUGAGGUUAUAUUAACAUUGGCCAAUCACUUUUUAACUUUCCUUCUUCUGAUUGGUCAUGGAACCCGCUUGAUAUUCAUUUCACCAAUAAGGGGAUGAAAAAAAUGGUAACUUAUGUAAUGUUAGGUUAAAUUUGACGUUUGAAAAAUAUAUCGGUUCAGCGUCAGUUGAUGCAGUGGACAAUAAAGAGAGAGUUUGUAAUUUUUCAAGUAUUAGAUAUUUUAUUUGAAUAAGAAAAAGCUUUAGCCAUUUUUUAAAUGAAAUGAGUGAGGAUAAAAAGAUGAAUAAAAUACUUGAAAAUGUACCUAAUGAAUAUCAAGAACGUGUUGCUGAAAGUGUACGUAUUAUGGAAGAUCAUACAAAGAAAUUUGGAGAUGGCUACGCCUGGAGUUUAGAUGAUUUUCAAAUAGGAGUUCCAUUAGGAAGAGGGAAAUUUGGACGUGUUUAUUUGGCAAGAGAAAAGAGAAGUCAUUACAUAGUUGCUUUGAAGACUCUUUACAAAAAAGAAUUAGUUCAUGGGAAAGUUGAAAAACAAACAUUAAGAGAAAUUGAAAUUCAGUCUCAUCUUAAGCAUCCUCAUAUUUUGCAACUGUUUACCUAUUUCCACAAUAAUUCAAAAAUUUUUUUGGUACUCGAAUAUGCAGCACAAGGAGAGUUGUAUAAUUAUUUAAAGCAACAACCCGGGCAAAAAUUCAAUGAACAUCUGUCUGCAAAAUACGUCUAUCAAGUAGCUGAUGCGCUUCAUUACUGCCAUAAAAAUAGUGUUAUCCAUCGAGAUCUAAAACCAGAAAAUCUUUUACUCGAUCACAAUGGUAAUAUAAAAUUAGCUGAUUUUGGGUGGUCAGUGCAUGCUCCAUCAUCGAAACGAAUCACUAUGUGUGGAACGUUGGAUUAUUUACCUCCUGAAAUGGUCAAUGGCCAGAUGUAUAACUUAUAUGUAGACCAUUGGUGCCUCGGAAUUUUGUGUUAUGAAUUUUUAGUCGGUAAGCCACCAUUCCUGAGCGAUACAUCAAAAGAAACAUAUAAAAAAAUUAGUGCUGUUCACAUAAUUUGGCCAACUGAAAUUACCCCAGGCGCUAAAGAUCUCAUAUCUAAGUUAAUCAGGAAAGAAAGCGCUGAAAGAAUUCCGUUACCAGCUGUUAUGAGACAUCCUUGGAUUCUUGCGAAUAAAAAUAAAAAAUGAUUGUAUAAAACUUUUUUAUCAUAAUGAAAUUUUUUUUAAAUAA